AUGAUCACGCUGUACUUGUUGCUCGCCAUACCACUGGCGCUGUACAGCAUCUACCUCAUAUCAAUAAGAAAAUAUCGAUACUGGGAGAAAAAGAAAGUGCCGCAUCUACCACCAAAACUAAUUCUGGGAAAUUUCUCUGAACACAUCCUUCAGAAGAAAAACCUUGGACGUGUUGAACAGGAACUAUGUAUAAUGUUCCCCGAAGAACCAUAUGUUGGUUCCUACUUAGGCACGGAACCAACGCUCAUCAUACAAGAUCCAGAAUUAAUCAAGGCCGUCAUGACAAAGGACUACUAUUUUUUCAGCGGCCGUGAAACCUCAAAUUACUCGGAAAAAGAAUUGGCAACUAGAAACCUUUUCUUGAGUUAUGGCGACAAGUGGAAGGUGCAACGUCAGAACCUCACGCCUUUAUUCUCAUCCGCCAAGAUGAAGAAUAUGUUCCAUUUAGUUGAGAAAUGUGCGCGUGUCUUCGAAAAUCUGAUCGACCAAGAAGUACAGAAGGGUAAAGAUAUUGAAGUGAAAGCCCUCAUAGGUAAAUUCACAAUGGAUUCGAUUGGGAAUUGUGCUUUUGGUGUAGAAACUCGCACAAUGGUGAAGACUGAAAAUAAUCCAUUCACGGAAAUCGGUAAUGUCAUCUUUGAUACUAAUUGGUUCAGAGCAUUCAAGCUUGUCGCAAGAAGUAUCUGGCCAGCCAUAUUCUACGGCUUGGGUUUCAAAUUACAACCUGUUGAUGUUGAGAAUUUCUUUACCAAUCUGAUGACUGAGACCUUUAAAGGGCGAGACUACAAGCCAACAACAAGGCACGACUUCGUUGAUCUUAUGUUGAAGUUGUAUAACCAAAAAACAGUGACCGGCGACAGUAUUUCCAACCGGAACGGUGAUGCAUCAAAGAAAGUGACUUUAGAAAUUGACAACGAAUUUUUGAUAUCCCAGUGUUUCUUGUUCUUCGCUGCUGGCUUUGAGACAUCGGCAACUACGUUGAGUCACACCUUGCUUGAAUUGGCGAAAAACCCCGAAGCUCAAGAGCUGGCGUUCCAAGAUGUGGACAACUAUAUGCGGCGUAAUGAUAACGUAUUGAAGUAUGAGUGUGUUACUGAGUUGCCUUACGUGGAAGCUUGCGUUAAUGAAGCUCUUCGUCUGUACCCAGUGCUGGGAGUCAUAACACGGGAAGUCAUUGAGGAUUAUACAUUCUCGACAGGAUUGAAGAUAGAGAAAGGGCUCCGGGUACAUUUGCCUGUGUACCACAUGCAACACAACCCUAAGUAUUUCCCCGAACCAGAGGAGUUUCGUCCGGAGCGGUUCCUGGGUGAUGCUAAGCAGAAGAUUAUACCAUACACGUACUUUCCUUUUGGCGAGGGACCUAGACUUUGUAUUGGAAUGAGAUUCGCAAAGAUGCAGAUUACAGCGGGAAUUAUAACUAUACUGAAGAAAUAUCGAGUGGAACUUGCUCCAGGGAUGAACAUAAAAGUUGAUUUCGAGCCUCGAUCUGUGAUCACUGCGCUGAUUGGAGGAAUCCAAUUGAAAUUCGUACCACGAGAUGGUUGGGAACAGCGACUAUUCAAGGCUGCAUCAUAA